CUGGAAUACCUGCCGACGACACACGCUAACGCAUCCGUCGCCGUCGCGAAUGGUUAUAGGCUGCAGCCGCCGUGUAUCGCACACCGCCGAUGCACGCGCACACCAGUUUGGACCGCGAUAGAAACGCAUCGAACUAUAGCGCCUGAACUUUGACUACGCCAUCAUCAUGAAGUGCCGCGCACGAUCGUCUUCCGUCUCGUUGCAGUGGUACCUUGUCUUGUCGACCGCGAUUUUUGCCACUACCGUCGCCACUUAUGCAGCCGCCACUGAUGCAAUAGCUGCAUCCAUUGGCGAUCCUAUGCGCGACGCACGUUGUUUUGCUAAAUGUUAUCGUCAGAUCGCCGCCGAACAGCCCAAAUGUUAUAGCGGUUGUCUGAACGAACGAUGGAUUAAUAAGCCGGGCGAGUGUCCGGUCGGCGACCUUGACAGCGUCGCCUCACUGGACCGACCGUGUCUGGAGCAAUGCAGUUCCGACGACUUUUGUCACGCCGAGUACAAGUGCUGCCGGCACAGUUGCGGAAUAACAUGCCAGCCGCCCAUCGGCUUAGCUGACCACCGUCCGGGUUUACCAGAUGUGCCAAAAAUCGUUGCAGUAUCGGACUAUGGUAAGGCGCUGGCGGUCGAGUGGUCUGCGCAGUCCCCGGACACAACCAUAGGUCACGUUACGUAUUUGAUUCAGGAACGGCACCACGUGGGCGUGACGUACGUACCAGAACGUAUGACUAGGUGGGCAAUGGUAACCAGGAGCGACAGAAUACGUGAACAGUUCAGACAGCUGCACUUGCCGGGACGAUGGUUCCAGUUCCGCGUGGCGGCUAUCAAUGAGAACGGAACCAGCGGUUACUCUCUACCUUCCGAGCCGUUUUUUAUCGACAUCGGAUCGCACGUCGAUCCACCCGGGCCGCCGCAGGACUUGAUGGUGUCAUCGUUGAAAUGGACCAACAAGGAGUACCAGCAGUGUGUGCUUUCGUGGAAGCCGCCCGCCGAAUCCGUUCUACCCGUGCGAAAGUACAAAGUGUUCAUCAGCGUACGAGACGGACCGCACGUUUACCACAAACGGAAUGUGGUCCCGGCAGAUAUUUUGAGGUUUACAAUCAAAAAGCUGAACUCGAAUUCCGAAUAUUUUCUUCAAGUGCAAGCCAUUAGUGAAUUCGGAAGAAAAAGAUUCGCUGGUCAAAAGGCUUCAACAACCCUGAAAACCAAAGGAAAAAAAAUAUUAAAUCCUAAACAAAUCACAGGACUUAAAAUUGUAGUUAUUGGAAAUCCUGACAAACGCAAUUUAAUUAAUGCUAGAUUAUCUUGGAGACCAGUUACUUUGGCACUAAAAAAAUUCCACUACACAUUGUCGUGGUCUUCAAAAGAUUGCAAUGACGAGAGUAAGCCGUUAAGAGUUAGAACUCCGGUACCAUACUUUGAUUUAUUUUCAUUAAAACCACAAUGCGAAUAUGUAAUAAUAGUUUCAACUACAUUCAAUGGAUCCAAAUAUGUGGGUUCAUUUAAUUUUACACCUACUGUAUUGAAGCUUUAAAAAUUGAAAUACUUAAUGUUACUAUAUUUAUACUUUCUAUAAAAAUAAGAACGUUGAAUUAGCUAUAUUCUUGCAUGUGGAAA